GCGGGAAACCCAAAGACGGAGUCAUCUCACCCGUUACGCGACUCAUCAUCAACUCUUUUGAUUGAUUUCCCAUCCAAUUCCUUUCCUUUUUUUCCCCAAUUCCAGAAACCCUAGAAUCUCUCCAUCCCCAAUUUCGCGAGCUUUCUUUCAUUCUCUGAUCGAAAGCUCGCAUCUUUUUGAAGCCAUGGACCGCCAAUUCAAAUUAUUCAAUUCCAAUCCUCCCUUGUCUCUCCUCCAAACCUUCGUCCUCUUCACCACCCUCCUCUUCCUUUCCUCCUUCCCCGCCGUCCGAUCCGACGAGCAAUUCUCCGCCAUCCGAUUGCCCUCCGACGCCGACACGGGCGCCGAUCCAUGCGGAAAGUCGUUGGAGCGCCCGCCGUCAUGUCCUGUGAAAUGCUUCCGAACCGACCCGGUCUGCGGCGUCGACGGCGUCACCUACUGGUGCGGCUGCGCCGAUGCCCGGUGUGCCGGCACCAAGGUCUCCAAAUUAGGUUUUUGUGAGGUCGGAAAUGGCGGUUCUGCGCCUCUCUCCGCUCAGGCUCUGCUUUUGGUGCAUAUUGUUUGGCUCAUCGUCCUCGGAUUUUCCGUCUUGUUCGGACUUUUCUGAUUGAAUUUGUUUCCGGGCCAGAUUUCUUUGAUUCAUGGUACGAGGUUGGUUGUAGUUUUCUCUUGAAAUUCUUUGCCGUUGUAUCAUUGUAGUGAGAGGAUCAGAGAUUUGUGUAUCGAUUUGUAUAUGCGCGGAGUUUUCGAUGUACUUAUGUAAUCUUCUUGUAGAUUCCAAAUUCUUUUGGUGUAAACAUUCUAUUGAAAUUUGAUUAUUGACAUUCAGAUGAUUGAUGGUUCACAGAAAAUUUUUACUUGUUUUAGUUUUAUAUGCAAUGCUCAAACACUCGGAAAGAUGAACCAAAU